ACGCAAUUUCUUGGUAAAUCCAGUCUCCGGUUUGCCACAUACUAGUAGCACGGUGGCACGGUGCCCAUCGGCUGGAUACCGACCCAACCAGGUCAAGAAUUGGGGAUCUCACCCAAAUACCCAACUCAGGAGCAACGCAACGGUAAAUAGACGGGACGAGGGGAAGAAUAACCCAGCCAUGGCCGUCGCAGCACGCGCCUCCUCCUCCCUCCUCCGCGGCGUGGCCGUGUUGAGGCGGCGGCCGCCGGUCCGAUCCAUCCACGAGGGGCCCGACACCAUCGACGAGCUGCUCGACCGCCACCUCGCCAAGAAGUCCCCCUCCUCCUCUUCCGGGGCGCUCGACGGAGACGCGGCGGACGCCGAGGCGCGCCGCCGGCUGACGAGCUCGCGGCGGGAGGCGCUGGGGCUGUACCGGGACAUCCUCCGGGUCACGCGGCUGUUCGAGUGGCCCGACGACCGCGGCGUCCCGUGGCGCGAGGUGCUGCGCGCCAACGCGCGGCGGGAGUUCGAGGAGGCCCGCGGCGAGCGCGACCCGGAGGUGGUGGCGCGGCUCCUCAUCGGCGGCCGCGACGCCGUGCAGCAGGCGCUCGACCGGCUCGCCGAGGCGUCCCGCCGCAUGGUCGAGGCAGAGGAGGCCAAGCGCCGCGGCGGAGCAUAGCUGAAGUGCGGCUACAUGCCGUUUCGAUGCGUUUCAUAUGCUUAAUUUUGUUCUGAAGUUUGUAUGAAAACGAGUAAAACUUGGCCUUGUGUCAAGCAAAUGUUCUUCUAAAUCUCUAAAUUCUGUUUUGUUAAGAAUUGCAAAUGAAAGUAGUUUUCUGUUAAAUUUCAUUAUUGAAUGAUGUGUGGUACAUGGAGCUAUGUGAUUCAGAAUCUUCACUCGAAAAGAAUGGACUUUGUACAUCA